UUAACAAAACCCUAGAGGGCCUAAACUAACCCGUCGCCUCCAUUUCUCUUGAACACCAGCGAAUCCCCCUUCUGAUCUCCCGUCGCCUCCAUUUCAGCACGCGAUCGAAGCCUUUCCGCAGGCAUUCGAAGCUCUCCCGCAGGCGUUCGAAGCCCUCCAGCACGCGAUCGAAGCCUUUCCGCAGGCGUUCGAAGCCCUCCAGCACGAGUUUGAAGCCCUCCCUUGCAACUGGAUCUCGCAAGCGUUCGAAACCCUCCACUGCAACUGGAUCUCCCGUCGGAAGAUGAAUUCUUCAAAUUUCAAUGGAGGAAGCGAAGCUGGCCCAUCUCAAACCCUAAACCCGGAGUCCUUCAACCUCUUCAGCGAGGGCAUCUCUCUCGUUCUCUCGCGAUGGACCGCUCUCCAGAUGGCGAUCGAGAAUCAAUGGGGCGGCCGAGAUUCCCGCCAGAAAUCGCACGAUCUCGCCUCCUCAAUCCUCUCCUGGUUCUCCCAAUCCAAAGAGCCCCUUUAUAUUGACGAUCUGGAGAAUAUAUUGGAUGAAUGCAUGGCGCUUUCUUUCAAUACUGAGAUCGACGAUGGCAGUGUUGAAGAGGUUGCUGAGGAGUUGAUGGUUAUGCAUGAAGAUUGCCUUAGAGGAAAUUAUGAAUCAAUUGAAAAGCUAAGGAAGUCAGUUCCUAUGAUGAAUGCUGUUUCUCAAAGUAAAAGGGUGACUAAUGAUGAUGAUGAUGAUGAGAGCUCAGAUGAAGAAGCUUCAGAUAUGAUGGUAGAUGAACCAGUCGUGCCUAAAUCGGGUCCACAGCCGAAACAAAAUGAAAUGCCGGAUGAAGAAGGAUGGGCAGUUGUUGCCCCCAGGCGAAACAGGGGCAAGAAGUCAGGAUAACAGAUCAUUUUGCUGGAGACUUGUAAAAUUGUAUUAUGAACAUCCUUUUGUUUCCUUAUCGGUUGUGUCAUAGAUUAUUCUGAUUGUCCUAAUUUUAUUAUUACCGAGCAUGUUGCUUUAAGUAUUCUUGAUAAGUAAUAAGUUUUUGGGUUAUGGUAACUUGUAUUCCCCCU